AUGGAACCGUCUAACCUACCUACGUUGUUCUGGGAGCUAGUUGAACGUCGCCUGCGUUCCAGUGACCAUUAUGAGGCUCGACUACUAGUGGGAAACGACUUGAUAGAACAGACGUAUGAACUGAAGACUGAGAUUGCUUCAUUUAUUGCGCUCAUGAAAGAUGGACGGGUGAUUAAUCAAGCGUUCCAAGUUUCAUUUCCAAAGUUUUCCCAUGUGGCAGGAAUCGAAUCCCACUUGGAUAAGUUUAUCUGUUUCUAUCAGAAAGAGCAUCAUUUUCAUUCUGAAAAAGGAACUGAUGACGAUGAUGAUUCCCCUUGCGUUACAGAGGACUCUUUCAGUAUCCUAUCCGAAACACGGCAAGGACUGCGCCUACCUGAUGAGCCCGAAAAAGGGCGAAAGCGGUCGUGGGCUGUCAACGAGUUUUCAGCAACCUUGGUGGUGCUUCAAGAGGAAGUCAAAGCAUUGAUGGAGUAUCUAAAUAAAUUACAGGAAUCUUUGUUGGUAAAUUUCGCUCAUCCGGCUGAACCUGAAGGGGAUUGUGCGCUUGGUAAAAGUAAAGAAGCUCCAGUCCUUGUAAUUCAACACGGAGAUUGCAAAGCAGAACAUCGAGAAAUUCGGAAGGAAAGGAAGAGCAAACGACGCACUUCACGUACAGCCGGGCAAGCGGUAGAAGUGUCAAGCGCUUCAUCGAUUUCCAAUUCCUCGGCGAACUCAUCAGCCUCUGUGUCUCCAAGAUCAGUUGUUGAUGUUAAGUUAAAAACCCCUUCAACACCAUCCAGUAUCAGCGCUGACUCGGACAUUUCUGCAUCGUAUCGACACAGGACAAAGGAAACACUAAGUGCAAGUUCUCGGACUCUGUGUCAGAAUGGAUCUCCAGGGCUAUCGCCAAGAACCAGGAGGCAACUGAAUGUGCUGCACCAGGCCGCCUUAUGUUUCAGUUGCUACGAUAUUCGAGAUAUCGCGAUACACGUAUAUCUUUGUAAUGUACUACUCAUAUGGUUGCUGAUAAUCCGUCGACAGCCCACGAAUGGUUUCGCCCUUUUUGGGGCUCAUCAGAGCACCACAGAUUUAUCAGACCGACACUUGAAACUUCGUUCACUUCUACCCAAUAGGUGCAUGAACCGACUGAUAGCAGUACCAAGACCGUACACACAAAUGAAAAGCCAUAACACAACCAGUGGCAGUACACGGCAAAUGAACUAUCGUUCUGAGCUAUCUAGAUUUCAUAUUCUGCAAUACAGAGCAUAUCAACAUGAAACCCAAUCCAACCAUAUGUUCAAACAAAAAAGAAAAUUAUGGAAAACCUGGCUUAUUCCAGGAAUACCCAACCAUACAGCGAAUUCCACUCAUAAUAAGGCUUAUCAGGUGUUGUCAAAGAUCAGACUGAACAUUCUCGGUACAAAUUCAAAUCGACCUCCUUUAUUGCCUGGUAACGUAGCUAUGAAUAGUCUUCUGUACUUGGAUGGCAAAUUGCACCUGAUUCGCAUGAUAUGCGCCACAGGAGACCUCGCGAACGACAGUGAUAUCCCGCUGGGGAUUUGA